CGCAGUGUGUCUAUCCUGACGUUCAGGCAAAAGGGAAGUGAAGAGGAUCGACGGUGCACGCGGCCGACCGGCCUGUGUUCCGCCACCGCGCCGCGCCGCCCGCACCGCAGUUCACCCGUCGCGCUGGUUGUGCGCGCUCCACGCUAACUGCAUCAUGGUGAUGGACAACCGAACGAAUGAACCAAACAGAAAUGAACAAAACUCUAUAUUUAUUACUAAUUUUCAACACGGUGAAACCGUAAAUUAUUCUUUAGUUUUGUUAAAAGGUAUUAUAACUUAUGGCGCUUGUAAUAAUUACGAAAAAAUCAAAUGUGCUCUAACGACCAGUGGAAACAAAAUCGAGACGUUCUGGGAUGUAUAUAACCGAGAGUUUAAAGUGUUAAUUGAUCUUCAGAAAGGUGAAAAUAUCAUCGAUUUAGAAUUUAACGGUAUACAAAAAAAUAAUCUCGUUUUAAGGUACGAACCGCGCAGGACGAAACUGAGAGUUACACCAGUCUUUAUAGUCUGUCAAGGCCACGAUGGUUGUUUUCAAUGUCCACCUGAAAUCGAUAACUCCAUUGAGAGUGCCUGCUCACGUAUUGCUAUUGGUGCAAAAAUUAUACAGAGUGUUACGGCCGAAAAGCUUUACGAAAGUGGUGUAGGCCGCAAAACAUUUCAACUUGAACAUGAAGUAAACAGUAAAAAUCCCGAAUGUAUUGUUUUUAAGAGCUCUUUAAAUGUAAAUAAAGCGAGAAAAAUGAAACAAGAUGAGCUGUGGACUCAUUUCGGAAGAGAGCUGAUGUUAUCAGACUUAGGAAGUAAUGAAAGAAAAUUUUUAGGAUUUAUAUCCUGUACGAGAUUUAAAGGCACCGAUAAUGACAAACCUCUUACGCAUGAUGAAAUUAUAUCUUACACGGAAGCAUAUGCGGCUUUGGGUGGAGGUGGAUUAGCUUUGUUUGGAUCAGCUUGCUUAUACACAUGGCCAUUAACAAUUGCAGACAUUAUACCAAACCUUUUGGACCCCACUCCUGUCAAUAACAAGAGAUUUAUGGACGACAGUGGAUAUCGUGGAACAUGGGGAGGGUGUUUUGCCACUACAUUGGGAUCUGUUUUGCAUGAAUUGGGUCAUACAUUUGAUCUUGGUCAUACGAAAGAUGGAAUCAUGGGCAGAGGAUUCGACAACUUAGAUCGUGUAUUUCUAGUCGGUGAUAAAAGAUCAGCAUUAACAAAAGACAAUAUGAAUAAUUUUAAUGGUAAACCCGUACAACACUCUACGGUUUCUUUGCAACGAAAUAUAAACGUCACAAUGAAUGUGGCCGAACCUCUUAGAAUAUUGGGACCCCGAAGCAAAACGACCCUUGGAAAUUUUGUUUCUAUGUCCAAAUCAGAUAUAGUUCGACGGAGCCCCAAUGUUACUCCCAUAACAAGACCUUCUAGUGUUUAUUCAACUAUAACUAACAGAAUGUCCGACUCUAAGAGAAAUGCCAACCGCUCCAAUGGGAAUGACUCAAUUUAUUGGACACGAAAUUGUGCAGUUCUGCUAUCGUACCAUAGGUGGUUUAAUAACGAAUACGGCAGGGAGAGACAAGCCAUAACACGAUCGCUAAAGUUUGAUAAAAACAAAAUGUUGAUAUUAUCGACGGCUGGAAUAAGAAUUGUGGAAGUUAGAGACGAGACGAAUGGAAUGGUUUUGGAUUCAUACGAAUUCACAAAUAUUCUUCCGGAAAAAAGAUUUUUAGUUCCUUUUACAUUCUCUCCAAAAAGCAAAGUGUUAACAAUUAUUGUGGAAGAUGAUUUAGGAAACGUAUUAAAACAAACAUUUUCAUACUAAUAUUGUAAUAGUGAUGAAAUCGUUAUAAACCAAACGCAAACAUAUAAAGUGACAAUAAAACACAUGCAAAUGUUAGCAAGGACUAAGAGGCGCAAUCAGUAAAUUUCAAUAGCCUACUAAUAUUUUAAAAAUUUCAGCUAUAAAAAAAAUUACAAAGCAGAGUCCAUAUUAAAAUUAUAUUUAAUACCUAAGACUGACUGACUGCUCCACCCUUUUAAGUGUUGCCUAUCAAAUUGGAAAAAUUAAAUCGAAGUCCAGAAAAUAAUUGUGUUUUAAACUUAAUACGCUGAACAUUUAAGUGGGCAAAAAUAUAUUCAAUGUUAUAAAAUAUUCUUAAUUUAAUAAUACUUUAUAAAAUACCUAAUUAUUUUUAAGAAGUCUUUUAUAAAUAAAAAAGGUAUGCGUAACAAACGAUUAAUACAUAGACUUUACCAUUGAUCAAUCAAUUUAAUAGGUUAUUAACAGUUAGGUAAGGUAAUCUGAAGUAUAUUUCUGUAUAUUUUAGCAAUUAUCUUAAGAAAGGACUUUAUUAAAUACUUAUUGCCUUAGCUUAUAUAGUGAAAAUACCAAAGUAAUUAGUUCGUCGCUAUAUGCCCUGGUGAUAUUAUAAGUAAAAACUAUUAUAUCUAAA